AUGACGUUGUCUAUUGUGCUUGGCGAUCUAUGUCGUGUACCUCCUGAUUUGUGGUGUGACGAUGCGGCACUUGCAGCCCAAUGCGGUGCCUCCGAAGCCUGUGCUUCAUACGACUCAUCUACCAGUGGCCAUCGCAUAAAGCUAACCGUGCUUUACGAAACACUUUGCCCUGAUUGUCAGGUUUUCAUGACGCACAACUUGCACCGGAUGAUAUGGCGUUACGCCAGGGAGUACGUUGACUUCGUGCUGAUUCCAUUCGAAGCUCUUCACGGCGGCACAGAUCCGAAUGUUGCUGAAGAAGAGUGUUUCGAUCGCAUUGAUGCCAAGGACUGGGAAAGACGCAAAGUGGUCGAUUGUCGAAAGGGGCCCCUGGGCGUUAAGCUGCAGUUUGAAAUGGCACGACUGACCGAAGAAAUUCUGCCAGCAAAGCAUACAUUUGUCCCAUGGAUUCUGAUCAACGAUGUCAGCACAUUGCAUCUGCAAAACUAUCAAGGAAAUCUGAUGACUGCCUUGUGCUCAUGGUAUCGAGGUCCAGAUACACCUGAAGGAUGCAAAACAUUCUUUGAUAGUCUAUCUAUAAGGCAGUGUUCAGUUAGCUAAUG